AUGCCUUCCACGCCGCUCGUCGUCCUCUCCUGCCUCGUGGCCCUCGUCCUCUUCGGUCAGGCGCGAGCUCUUGACGCUGCGCUGGCGCCCGCCGCCGGAGAGCCGGUGGUGCACAACUACAGCCUUCCGGCCCGACACUGCCCCGGCGCCGACGUCAUUAUCACCGGAAACGACCUCACCACCUCCUCCACCUGCACCUACCAGUGCACCUUCAUCUUCAACUCCUCGUCCUCCACUCCUUCUUCCUCCUCGCCGCCUUCUUCAGCUUCGUCGUCGUCGACCUACUCGUCGUCAUCGCUCGCCAUCGCAGACAGUGCGACCGAAGUCGAGUGCCCGCUCCCGGAAGAACCCGGCCACGUCAUCACCAUCGAAGUGUGGCAGAUCGUCGACAACGGCACCACCACCAUCGCCUCGAGCUCGUUAUCGACCUCGACGACCCCCGCUGCCCUGCCAGAGGCCGAGGUGAAGCGGCUGCUGGGCCACUUCGCCACGUCGUUCACGAUCUCGGCGGCGACGUCGGCCGUGUGCGAGUCGAGCGGCGGCAGCGGGUGGGGCGGCCUGCCGCGGUGGGCCUGGUUCGUGGGCGGCGGCGGCGCGGUCGCCCUCGCCGCUGCGCUGCUGGCCAUCGGCAUCUUCAGCUUCAACCGCGCGCAGCACCGACGCCGCAUGCGCCUCCGCCGCGAAUUCGAAGACCAGCACGUGGCCCUCAUCUAA